CUGAAUAAUUGUUAUCAAAUACAAUUAAAGUUAAUGUGUGACAAUGGUCGAAAAUCCAAUAACUUCGACGCCGGCUUCUAUAGCAAGACUGAGUAUUGGCGGGAGCAAUUCCAUACGCAGGCGAAGUCUUAUUCCACAAACCCGAGUGAACGUAGUUCGAGAUGAGGAACGUAAUGACGAUGAUGCGGAAAGAUCGUCUUUGGUGGCUUCAGAGAGGGCUGUGGCUACGUCAACUCCUCACUCCGGAUCCCCGAGAAGAGGGAGGGAUACUAUGAGUUCAUCACCAUUAAAAGAACAUUUCCAAGGAUGCCUUAAACUUUACGCUGAAAAUAAAAUAAAUAAGGACAAUGCUUGGAAUUUACAACUAAUAGACUUCAUGACAUCAAUGUUGCGUCGCCACGAUUCUAGAAUGGAUAACUUACAAACAGCCUCUACUGUUGUGGAUGCAUCGGCAAGAAUUUAUUCAUUUCGUGUAGAUGCUGUGCACUAUGAUGUAUUAAAAAUGGCUGGCGGCUUGGUAAAAGCUGCUCAGAGUAAAAGAGGUAAAAAAGAUGAUGAUGAAGCCGCAAAUGAGGAAGGCACUGAAGAAGGGAAUACCGCUGCUCCUAAGAAAAAGAAAAAGAGAUCCAAAGGUGCAAUAGCAUCAAACCCUGAAGUGUUUAAUGGAGACUUUGAUGCUAACGAUUGUGUUGAUCCAUUUUUUGAAAGGCUAGCAGCAACAGCAGGCGAUGUUACAUCAUCUAACAGGGCAUUCAAUGCGACAUUACCAAUACAUGACAAAACACUAGCUUUGAUAUUGAGAACUGACAAACAAUUUUUAGAAACUAUAAAGGAGAACAUACCAGAAGAUAUUGACCUGACAGAAAAGAUAAAACUGCCCACAAAGCUAAUAGCUCCCUUCACUGAACGGGAUCAUAUCUGUGAGCCGUUUGCUGGUUUCUCUAUAAACAAUUGGGAUCCAGAUACUGAAGACUCAGAUACCCGUGUAAAUAACUGGGUUGAGGAUAAUCAACUGAAUCUAUCGCAACAAGCUGUGGCUUUUGAUGUUAAUGCUGAAGUUGAGCCUAUACCACAGGAUGAUGUACAAAAUGAUAUAUUUGAGGAGGAGCCGCUGGGCGGUAUCGAGAGCGAGGAGGAAGCGGACGUGGCGGUGGCUGCGUGCGUGGCGCGGCUGGGCGGCGCGGCGGGCGCGCGGCUGGCGGACAUGCGGCCCAGCGCGCCGCACCACGCGCGCCUCGAGUACUCGUACUGCGGCGCCGUGCUCGCGGCCUGGGCGGGCCCGGCGCACUGGCGGCUGCGGAACAACAGAGCAUCAAAAAUGACGGAAAGGACGCAAUCAACCGCCGGUCGAUUGACGGUAGAGGGCAAAAAGCCAGCUCGUACGAAACGACAAUUGGACUUCUUGGGCGCGGGUCUGGCGUUCGAUUCCCGCGCAGAGCCCACUGGGGAGUAUGAACCGACACAACCAGCGAAAAUAAUGAUUAGCAGGAAGACAUUGGCCACUGGGCACACGUGGAAUGAGGCUAAUUUCAAAACUCCUAUUGACAGAGGUCUAGACGAGACGCAUUUCCGCAAAUUAUUCCUGCGCAAAAACGUGAUGAUGUUACGCAAAAGAGAUUUGGAGCGAAGCAAGGAACAAGAGCCGGCGCCGCUGGCCGUCGACAAUCAGGACUAUGAUUAUAACAAUGAAAACGACGCGUCUUAUUGUCCUAAUACUUUACCGGAAGGAGACGAGUGGGGUCACGAAGACGGUGCGACUGUAUCGAACCCGCACGCGCUGAUGCCGGGAACGGAGCCCACGGACGGGGAACUGGGAGAUAUGCUCGAGCCACCCACUAAGAUCGCCAAAAUAUUCAUUCCCUACGCGAUGCGAGCGAAAAAGGUCGACAUGAAACAACUGAAACAUUGCACUUGGAAAAUGUUAACGGAAAAAACUCCAGAGGGGGAGAAAGAGGAUGUCUCCGAAACGACAUUCUUUUCCGUUUAUUCCCGUUUACCGAAUAAAUUAUCAUCAAAUAUGCGAGAAGCGCUCAGUGUGCCUCUAGCUUUGUUAUCCGUGCUCCAUUUGGCGAACGAAAAAGGUCUCAUUCUAGAAAAGAACGAAGAUCUCCGGGACUUUGACAUUUUGGGACUUAUUAAGUGAAUGUGUGUGAACGAAAUAUUAAUUAAUUAAUUCAAUUUUUUUAUAGCAAAUUUUUCAAACUGAUGAACUUUUUCUUCCUUUUACUAGUUGUGU